CUGCCGGGGCGGAGCCGCGGGGCCCCUCCCGACGGCUCUAUAAACCGGCGGGGCUGGGGCGCGGGGCAGCCGUCGCUGGGUGCCCGGGGCCGGGCACAGCCCUGCCCGCACCGUGCCCUGCGCCAUGGCGAGGGGACAGCUGUCGGGGGGCGCCUGGGGGGCCCUGGUGCUGCUGGGGCUGAUGCUGCCGGCCGCCCCGGCGGGCGCCUGGUACAAGCACGUCGCCAGCCCCCGGUACCACACGGUGGGUCGCGCCUCGGGGCUGCUCAUGGGCGUCCGCCGCUCUCCCUACCUCUGGCGGCGGGAGCUGCCGGCAGAGCCCCCCCGGCACCCCGAGACCCCCACCGGGGACAGCCCCCCCGGCACCCCGGGCCGCCCCGCCGGGGAGAGCCCCCCGGCCGCCGCCCCGGCCCCGCCGCCGCCCGGCCCCGGCCGCCUCCUGCAGCGCCUGCUCCGGCGGGGCUGGGGCUGGGGCGGCCCCCGCCCGGCCCCCGCACGACCCCCGCCCGGCCCCCGCCAGCCUCAGCUCUUCCCGCUUGAAGAGCUGGCUCUGAGCCGCUGACAGACGUGGUGGAGAUGCUUCCUGUGCCAGAGGAGCACGGACUGCCCGCCUGGGACCUGCUCACCUGGCAGGCAGGGAAGGGUCUCUUCAGCAGAUCUCCGGGUACUCUGACCUCUCUGGAACCACACAGACAGUGACAUCCCAAAAAACCUCUGAUUUCUCACGGCCGCUGCCCAGCCGCAGCGGUGAAUCCAUCUUGUUGCCAGGUCAGCCUUGCUCUAUGAACUCGGGGAGAAAGAAACAGGGGAGAUAUUUAUUUUUGUUUAUUUUUUUUACAUUUCUGUACUGGCUUGUUUGCAAUCUGAUAGAAACAUGUACUGUUCGCUUCCUCGGAACCUGCCCUCAUUAAAAUGAGAUGUGAUCAAAGGAAA